GUGUUGGUAGAAAUGUAAAUUCCUCUACGACAUUCACGUCGACGUUCUAGUUAAUCGUCCAUUUUAUCCUCUCCUCCGUUGCAGAGUGCGUGCAUUGGCUGUACAAUCGCCAAAUUGUGGUUGAUAUAAGAAGAAUUACAAUUCUUCGCCAUGACGUCGAAGGUUUCCCGUGACACUCUAUACGAGUGUGUCAAUGCUGUAUUGGAUUAUUCAAAGGAAAAGAAAAAGAAGUUCUUGGAAACUGUUGAAAUCCAAAUCGGUUUGAAGAACUACGAUCCCCAGAAGGACAAGCGUUUCAGCGGCACCGUAAAAUUGAAGCACAUUCCACGACCAAAAAUGCAAGUAUGUAUUUUGGGAGAUCAACAGCAUUGUGAUGAAGCUAAGGCCAACAAUGUCCCAUGGAUGGAUGCCGAAGCUCUGAAAAAACUUAACAAGAACAAAAAGCUUGUGAAGAAACUAGCUAAAAAAUAUGAUGCUUUCUUAGCUUCUGAAUCUUUAAUCAAGCAGAUCCCCCGUUUGUUGGGUCCAGGUUUGAACAAGGCAGGUAAAUUCCCUGGUCUCUUGUCUCAUCAGGAAUCCAUGGUGCAGAAGAUUGAUGAAGUUAAAGGAACUAUCAAAUUCCAGAUGAAGAAGGUGUUGUGUUUAUCUGUAGCUGUUGGUCAUGUUGAUAUGUCUCCUGACGAGUUGGUCCAAAACGUUCACUUGUCAAUUAACUUCUUGGUGUCACUUUUGAAGAAGCAUUGGCAGAAUGUUAGGUCUCUACAUGUUAAGUCUACUAUGGGACCACCACAAAGAUUAUAUUAAUACAAUAAUAAUGUAUAUUGUAUAAUACAUAAUUUAAUACAAA